UAUUCUUAUUUUUUAUCACUAUUUUAAAUUUUUAUAUUUUAAAUCUAUUGUUUUUUAUUUUAAAUUUUUUAUAAUUCACAUCAAGUUUUUCAUCUUUUCUUAGUGUAUGCUAAUAAUUAUUAUAGAUUCAAUUUUAAAACAAGUGUAAUAAUCGUAUUCCAAGUACAGUAUUAGCACUAUGAACAAAUUAUGUCAUAGCCAAAGUAUUGUGGGCAAAAGCUUUGAAUACUGGCAAAAUAUAUAUGAUCAAGGUAUUAUUGAUCUCCAUAUAAUUCAUCUACGACUUAACCAUUUAACAUAUGCUCUCAAUCACAACUUGAUUACCAAUGAAGAAUAUUAUAAAUACCGGUUAAGCAUAACUGACCAGUAUAAUCCAUCUUAUACGGACUAUAAACCAUGUUCACUAAUGGAUUUUUGCAAAACGUUAAAGAGACAUAAUGUAAUGGGUAAUCUAGAAAAAAAUAAACCAUUGAUAACCUAUAAACAUUCUGAAGAAUUAAUUUGUAAAGUACAAAAUAGUAUUAUAAAUAAUUUUGAAAAUAUCAACCAACAAAAUAGGGAGAAGGUUAUUGUGCAUGAAUAUAAUCUAAGUAAAGAACAAGAAAAUAAUAAUGAUCAAACUGAAAUGCCAAAAAAAUCUAGGAAGAAACGUAAGAGAAAGAAAAAAAAUAAUAUUAACAAUUGUAAAAAUAUAGAUCAUUACAAAACUGUAGUAAUAAACAAUUCUGAAAAUAAAUGUGAUGAAAUAAUUAAAAAUUCUAUUGUUACACCAAAAAAGCCCGUAAAAAUAUUUAUUCGUAAAAUGAAUAAAAAGGACAAGAGCCAGAUUGACGGAAAGAAAUCAUUGGUUUCAACUCAAAGAUCUGUUAGAGAUAUGUUUAGUAAAAUGCUAAAGCAAUUUAAAAAGGAAAGACAAUAAAAUUGUAAUGUUCAUUUUUUUAAUAAUAAUUUAUCAUUUUUAAAUCUUAGCGAUUACAACAAUACACAAUUACUGUAUAUUGCAUAAUAUUGAUGUUCUAUACAUCUUCUGUGAUUUAUUAUAGUUAUAAUUUAUAAUAUUGUAUGGAUUUUUAAAAACUAUUAAAGUGAAUUUUCUUUUUAUUAUUAUAAAUGUAUAAUAUAAGUACUACCUAUAUAAUAUCACAUAACUAUUUAUUCUACCUAGAUGAACUUAAAGUAUUCACAGAUACACAUUGAUGACUGAUGUAUUCACUGUCUAACAUUAUAUUCAAAUAUAUAGAAUAACCUAACAACUAUAUAGUUAAUAGGUCUAUGGAUAUAGAAUGAUUAUUAUUAUCAGGGUUGUUUUUAUAUUAUCACACCCCUUGUCAUAAUAAUUUUAUCAAUAAAACUUAUUACACCCUUAUCAAAUUUUCAAGUAUA